CGUGGAUGACUGUCCACAACUUAAACUGACUGGCGACGAUAAUCGCCCUGUCAGGGACCUUUCGGAUGCGAUGUGCAAUAUCAUGUGUUCCUUCCAUUCUGAUGGGUACGACCGGAUGAAUAUAUUCGGUGAAGUGCUCGAGUCCUACGGCAUAGCCCUCCAUGGUUGGUUCGACAUCAUGUUUGACCGAUCCUGAGUAUACCAUGGCCAAAAAGUUCGCGUCGGUGAUAGUGGUGGGGAAGAAUGAGAUUGGAGAUGGCGGUGCUGAACCGUUCCUGGAAGCAACGUACUGUUACCGCAAGUUUCUUAAAAAGUUGAACGGGACUCAGGACAAAAUCACGCGGCUCCGAUUCAUCCUUCCCUGUCUCCAUAUCGUCAUCUUCGGUCCCUGCAUCGGCAUCGUUGGCUCCGUUUUCACUAACAAGGUCCAGUCCAAUGUCGUGGUCCCGAUAAUUCCGCUGUUUUGGCAUUCAACAGACCGCUCUAUGCAAGCCAUGGCAGCUCGUACUUUCGGAGCUCUCAGAAUUGCUAUGGCUAAACUCAAAAAUCUGUAUUCCACCCCAAGACUCGCCUCUGCGUUGUCCGUAUCCACGGAACUAUUCAGAUUCGACAGGAAAACUGUCAACAGUGCAAAUUGCAGGAAGAUAUGUAUCAAGUUCGUCAAGCGGUGUUUGCCGGAAGUCCACCAGUUCUGUCCCAGCAAGGGACAUGCCCCUGAACUUAUCGCCUACAAGAGUUUACCCGGUGAGCGGGAAAUGGUGGUUAUGGAAGCCCUUGAAAUAAGGAUCCCUUCGUGCAACGAACCGGCUCAUAUCGACAAUUCAGCGAGAUGGCUGUCUGGGACCGUCAAUUGCUGGAGAAAGUCGUCACCGAUUUUAUCCAUGAUUUCCAUGCUGACGGCUACGUUCAUGGCGACCUUCGUGAUGUUAACUUCCUUGUGCGAGACAGCGGACAAGACGCGACAAGGACUCGUUUCAUGCUGCUCGACUUUUGAUUGGGCUGGUAGGAUUUGCCAGGCCCGUUAUCCCAUGUACGUUAAUCGGUGGGGCAUUGAUCGUCCUCUGGACGCAACGCGACGGAAAUGAGAUUACGGUGGAGCACGACUUGGAGAUGCUGUGCCAUGUGUUUCUACUGCACGAAGACGUAGAUAUGAAGGGGUAGAAAAACCAACACCUGUGCUGUACGCGUGUCAUACUUCCGAUGGCUACAUGCACAGCAGACUCCCUGUAUGGUGCUGUCCGAUAUGGGGUACUGACCCAAAGUGCCAUAAAUGGACAUUUAAUACAUCUCUG